CUCCGCCCAAUUCUUUCUGGUAAUGACUCGAAGGCUGACUUCCUCGACGAUUUUUUAGGGAUUAAGCCAUUUCCCUACAUUCCCGCCCACGCUAUUAAUGUCCACGUUUGUCUCUAAAUGGUCUUUAAACUGUAGAAUGAUUUCAAGGAGCCAGGACAGAAUGUCUGUCAUUAGUUUUGCUUUUUUCUCUUUCACUUUGUUUUCAGUCAGCGCCGAAGCAGGUCGUCUCCCUGCCCCGGCGAACCUGUCGUUCAUUUGGCUUGACCCGUUUACAGUGCAAGUGUCUUGGCUGAGACCCAGAGGACUGUCAGAGAACUACAACAUCAGUUACAAAUAUGGGCCGGACAAUUGUUCCACCACGUGGCAGGACGUCACUAUGACCCUCCUGACAGAAGAAGCUCGAGCUUCUAGCUGGACGUUUACCGUCCAGACGGUCAGCGUUGGCAGGGGCAAAGCAGAUUCCAGCCUACACGCGCAUAUCACCAUCUACCCGCCAAAGACUCAUGCUAAGCUGGUGGCGGACUUCAAGUGUCUGCUCCAAGCUGAUGAAAUGGAUUGUUCCUGGAUCCCGGUCGAUCCCUCUGUUAACCUGACGCUUUCCUACAGGGUUUGCGGCGAUGAAGGACCCGAUAUGAUGUGUCAGCGGUUUUACACCAGUGGCGUCAGAGAAGGCUGCUCCCUGAGCUCCAAGUUUGUCAAAGAAGACGUCUGCAUGCUCGUGGAGAGCGCGGCCGGGAUGAUGAGCACAUUUAAACCAGAGAAAGUGGUUUCCCCCCCGGAGCUGACCAUCACCGUGGAAGGAGACAAGCUGAAUCUGAGCUGGGCCCCCUUAACAGUAGGAGGGUUGUGCAGUUGGAGCUACAAUGUGUGCUACACACGGUGCAAUAAAAUCCAACCAUGCGAGAAAUACACUCCUAAAGAAAAGACCCUGCAGAUAGCCUACCAUAAAAGCUGCCUUUAUGAGUUCCGCUCCAAGGUCUCAAGUGGGGACGAAUGCCGUCCAGUCUACAGUGACUUCAGCGAAGUGGUCAUUUAUGGUGCGAAUCGGCCUCCCGGCGUAUGGUUGACUGUGGUGGCCUUCACCGUUCCUCUUGUCCUGUGUGCCGCCAUAUUUUUGUUCUGCUAUUGCGUUAGGAGCGCCAUCUGCUGCCCCGGCCUACCUGACCCGUCAGUAAUUCUCAAGGACAUGAUGAAUGGAAACAAGGAAAUUAAGACCUUCACAAAUCUCUACACACCUGUGUCAGAACCUAUUGAGCCUUGCAAAAUCAUACAGCCUCAUGGACUCUUCACUGCUCAAGUGACCCACAAUUCCUCUGGGCUAAUAGCAGAACCUUAGAUUGUGAGGGGUUCUGUUCAAGAGAAGCUCAAAUUGGACUCAACCACGACAUUCACUUUACCCCUCGAGAAAAGGGGAACACAAACUGUAUUUGUUGCUCUUGUCAGGACUACAAGAGGACUUGUUUGCAAAAAAAUGGACGACGCGAUACUUGCUGGAACACGUCGUUUACACAACACAGGCAGGACAUGUGUGGAUGUGAUGCUAACUCACUUUAGACUCGUGCAGACUUUGCUUUCUUCAACUCAGGAAUGCAGCGAUGUUUAUUUAUUUAUUUUUUUUUGCUGCAUGACACCUGAAUGAGAUCACUGGCAUCACUUUUAAACAUUUUAAUAUAUGAAUUAAGAGUGUAAUAUAACACGUUAUAAAUACCAUUUUAUUUCCAGAAACAAAUCUGCACAAUCCAAAUAAAGAGGUUUGAGUAAUGACAAUCAUGGCCUAUAAUAACACUAAUGAUUUCCAGGAGACAGAUGAGAUUGAGUCUGGCAUGUCUACCAGCAAAAUAAAAAACGUGCACAUAACAUAUGCUCGGCAUCCAGAAGCACUUAACUUUUUCCUCUUUUUGUUAUGAGACAGCCUUAAUUAUUUUCUUUCUUUUUUUUCCUGACAAAUUCCACACACAACACUCCAUAAAAACAAAAACUAGGAAAACCAUUAUAUAAGCUAUAAGUUUGGACAAUCUUUGAUCAAUUACAGCCUCAAGUCUUAUUUGAAUAAGAUAAACUUGGCCUACCACUCCAUUUUCUGCCAUGAUUUUUCAAUUUAGAGCGCAAUAUAAACACAUAUUUAAACAAUUCCCAUAUAAUAGUGAUACAUUUUAAGCAGGGACGUGCUGAUCGAUCAGCCGCCGAUAAGUAUUUUCAGAAAAAAAGUCUGUGAUUGACAUUGCUGAUAAAUGCAUUUUAUUGCCGAUCUCUUCGAUCUGACACUAUUCACUGGUAGUCCCCAGGCUGACAAUCAGCUAGCAGCUAAUUAUGGUUACAUUCACAAUGCAAGGUCGGAUGUCCAAUUAGGAUUUUUUGUAUCACAUCCGAUCUCUUUGGUAUCUGUUAACAUUACCAAAUAAAUGCAAUUUCUAACGUGAAUGCUAUCUGACUUGCAUGCGGACGUGACGUUGGCCUCCUCCAAUGAGAAGAAGAGCGCAAAGUACUCUCAGCUUGUGGAGGAGUGUCGGAGCAAUGGGUGGCGAGCGAUGUGCCGGCCUGUUGAAGUGGGGUGUCGAGGGAUUGUGGGCAAAUCUCUCUGCAGGGCCUACAGAAUGCUUGGCAUCACAGGGGCCAGCCAGCAAAGGGCCAUGAAGUUAGUCACAGAUGCAGCAGAAGUGGCAUCAAGGUGGCUGUGGAUCAAGAGGGGAGAGGCGUGGCAUGUAGGGCAGUAGCGCUACCUGGACACAGGCUGGGGCCUGAUCAACCCUGGCUUGGUCGCCUAGGGGAGGGAGUCUGAUUGUUGAAAGACCCGAAACCCCCUGUGAUCCUAGGUUACAUCACUGAGGAUGUGUCCAGUUGCACCAUUGGUGUAUUUAAAAAGAUGGAAGUAAAAAUGGAAGUUCCUCUCUUGUAGGUCUCAGUACUGACACGUUUGUGGCAAUUUUAAAGAUUUUGUGCAAUCACACUCAACAUUUACUGCACGCGUACGCGUUGACAAGACCCGGCGAGUGACCGCAAAAAACACCAAUAAUUUUAUUCUGGCCGGUAAAAAAUAUUUCUACAUAAACUUUAUAGUUGUGAAAAAUAAAGACAUUAAACAAAUAUAUCUUCUUUUAAACCACUAAUAGUAACAUAAGCUAGCCCAGGGGUCGGCAACCCAAAAUGUUGAAAGAGCCGAAUUGGACCAAAAAUACAUUUGUUUGGUGCCGCAAAAUAUUAAAAGGCUCAUAUAAGUGUUAUAAUGAAGGCAACACAUGAUGUAUUGUCUAUAUUAGCUAUAUUAACCUACUAUCAAAGGCUGAUGCAAAUCUUCGUUGACAGAAAUGUUGUAUUUAAAUUUGUAUUCUACACAUUUUUGCAACAUUGGAAAACAUUAGUAAAAUGGAGGCUUCUCACAGGAUGAGAUAACGUCUGGAAAUUACUGGCUCAGAGUGGCCAAAAGUAUAGUUUUGUGUGUCCAUGUUUGAGGAAACGGCAGGUUGUCUUCUUCUAAUAGAUUUAUUACAAUCUUUGCAAGCUGCGUAAUGUUUGCGGUGGUCUGUAACAACAUGGCACACAAACAACUAUGAGAAAUGCAGCCAAUAUUACAUGCAGAUAAUGUGUUGUGAGGCAUGCAAAAUUAAAUUAUGUACAGAGAGGAUAAAAGUAAAGGAUAUUAAAUGAGAUCAAAUAGACCUACAAACGAGGCAUAAUGAUGCAAUAUGUACAUACAUCUAGCCUAAAGAGCAUGUUGAUUGAUUGAUUGAAACUUUUAUUAGUAGAUUGCACAGUUCAGUACAUAUUCCGAACAAUUGACCACUAAACCGUAACACCCGAAUAAGUUUUUCAACUUGUUUAAGUCGGGGUCCACGUAAAUCAAUUCAUGUUAGCAUCGAUUAGCUUGCAGUCCUGGAAUGACCAAAUAUUUCUGAUAAGCACUCCAGCAAAUCAAUAAAAUCAACAAAGCUCAACUUUGUGCAUUCACGCACAGCAUAAAACGUUUGGUGGACAAAAUGAGAAAAAGAAGGCGUGGCAUAAAACACGUCUUUCCGUGUGAAACAUGUACUGUAUAAUAUAAACAGUGGGAUUUCUAACAAUUAGGAAGGUUUGUGUAAUGUUUGUCCUCUGUUGCAAAGUCUGAAAGUCAGUGUGUAUCUUUUUUGGACGUGUUGUAUUCAGAAAUAGUAAUGUGUAAUAUGUGAUGUAACAUGCUGACAUUGUAUACAUGUUCGAAAUAACAGAAGCAGAAACAGAAAA